CAGCAAAUCCUCCAGCAUGGUCUAUCAGCCAUCUCUCUCUCCUCAACACAUGAUCUGUCAAAUGUGACUCCUGCAGCUUGUGUUGAAUGCAAGGUUGCCAAGUCUGCAUUUUUUUUCCUAUGGCUACUGUGGAAUUACAAAUUUAUAAAAUUUUAAAUCUAGGAUCCAAUGUAAUAGUAUAUAAACUGAAAAAGUUGUGUACAUUGUGUUUUACAUUUUGAGGUAAAAAAGGAUCAAAUCAGGAAGCCCAGGUGUCUGAGAUAAUGACCUUUUGUCUUUGUGCUCUUCCUUGUCAUUUGGCUUUUAAAUCUCAAGGCACAGCUGUCUCUAUGAUAAUGUGAAGGUAUGGGCGAUACUGUCAGGCACCUCUGCAUUUGAAUGACACUGUUAUGCUGAUGAGAUCAAAGCUGGGAAAAUUCCAGUGUCGGGCUGAUGCAUUUGCAUGCUUUGUUUAGAUUGUCUCCACCUCUAUGUAUCCCUCCCCCUAGAAAUGUAUAUAAACUACAAAUGUAUAAAUGACUAGUUAGACUUUUGAUGACUGCAGCACCACGCAGUGCGUUCUCAAUAAAGAAUUCUGCUCAAAGAUUACCCAAGAGUCUCCUGGUUUUCGCUUUUGAGUUUCCAACAGUUUUGGUGCCGUGACCCGGAUAGAGCUUCUCAUCUGAAUCCAGAUUGAAACUUCAAGAUCAACAAAGAUGUCUUUGUUCCAGACUGAAUCUUUCUGUACAACCAAGGGUUGAAUUACUGGAUUUGUGUCGUCGCGGUCAUCACACUCCCGAGUUGAAUGCGCAAAGUCCGAACUCCCGAGGAUGCAAGUCCAAAAUCAGCGUACUUUGUAUUGAGAAAUUGUUGGGGCUGUGAGUAGCUACCUUUCCCCUGUAAUCCAUCACAAUGACAAAAUAAUUUUUGUGAAAGGUCCAAGUCACAUUUCUGGGUCAAACAAUUGGUGCAGGAAAUAGAUCUAUUACACAGGAUUGAGCAGCUUCAGUCAAAGCCACACCUCCACCUACUACUAUUAAAACACUCAGAUCAUUUUUAGGAACAGCAGGUUACUGUAGACCUUGGAUUGAAAAAUAUGCCUAAAUUGCUCAGCCUCUCUAUGACUUGUUGAAAGGCCAGGUUAAAGAUUCUGAUACUGUUUGUAUGGAAGAAAUUCACCUUUCAAAGCUUUCAAUGAUUUAAAAAGAAAACUAUGUCAAGCUCCAGCAUUAGCAAUUGCACAAUCUAAUAAACGCUUUGUGUUUUAUGUACAUGAACACUUUAAGACUGCAUGUUUAAUGCAAGAUCAUGGGGGCAGUUUACACCCAAUUCAUUACUAUUCUGGUAAUCUUGACAUAGUCGCUCAAGGCAUGGGCCCGUGUCUUAUAGCAGUGCAGGCAGUUCAUCUAGCUCUUCAGGCUUCAUCAGGAAUGGUGUUAGGACAGACUGUAAAUGUAAGAUGCCCUCAUGCAGUGUCUGCACUAAUGAAUCAAGCAAAAGUCACUUCUGUCACCUCCUCUUGUUGGGGAAAUUGGUUAACGACUCUCACAGCCCCGAACAUUGUUUUACAGCAUGCGCCAGUGACAAAUCCAUCCUCAUGUAUGAUGUCUGCAAUGACUGAAGUUUUGUUAGAGGAUGAAGGUGAAAUAACUCACGAUUGUGUUACGCUUACAUAUGCAGCUACGAGUUUAAUAACAGAAACUCCCAUAGAGAAUGCAGAAUUGGAGUUGUUUGUUGAUGGUUCAGCUCAAGUCAUUGAGGGUAACAGACGAGCAGGUUAUGCAGUAACUUCCACCACUAAAGUUGUAGCUUCAGGUCAUCUUCCAGAUAAUUUUUCAGCUCAAGCUGCAGAACUAGUAGCCUUAACUAGAGCAUGCACACUAGCUUCAGGAUCGAUUGCAAAUAUUUACACUGAUUCCAGGUAUGCUUUUGGGGUGGUUCAUGAUUUUGGUGUUAUUUGGCAAAGUAGACAGUUUUUAACUUCUGCUGGAUCCCCUAUUAAGCAUGCUGGAUUAGUGAACGAUUUAAUGUUUUCCAUGAAACUUCCAAAGAAAUUAGUGGUGAUCAAAGUGAAAGCACAUCUCACAACUAAUACUACGGAAGCUAAAGGUAAUGCUCUUGCUGAUGUAGCUGCUAAACAGGCUUGUUCCUAUGCAACUGUACGAGUGUGUUCAGGUAGUACAGCACAGAAGACAAUUCUGCCUCCUAAAUCAAUUAUUGAUCUGUACAAAGAUGUUCCUCUAUAUGAAGCAUGAACAUGGUUUGACAAAGGAGCCACAGUGGAUUCAUCUGGAUGCUGGACCAAAGAGGGGAAGUAUGUCGCUCCCGAAUCACUGCUGCCAUAUUUGGCUCAACAAAUACACAAUUUGGGUCACAGUUGUCCAGCAACGAUGAAUCACAGGUUCUCAGAUUAAAUUAAAUUAAAUUUAAAAAUUAAAUUUAUGCAUUUAGCAGACGCUUUUAUCCAAAGCGACUUACAGUGCAUUCAGGCUAUCAAUUUUUACCUAUCAUGUGUUCCCGGGGAAUCGAACCCCCAACCUUGUGCUUAUUAACGCAAUGCUCUACCACUUGAGCUACAGGAGCAGCAGCAGCUACAGCAGCAACACAUACUCCAGCUCCACCAGGACCAUUUCGUCACCUGCAAGUUGAUUACAUAUCAUUGCUUCCUUGUAAGGGAAAAACUGAUGUUUUGGUAGUAUUGGACAAAUUCUCUAGAUGGCUAGAAGCUUAUCCAACAGGGCUUGCUACAGCUGCACAUACUGCUAAAUGUCUUGUCACUGAUUUCAUUCCCAGAUGGGGAUUACCAGAUUGCAUUGACUCAGAUCAAAGUACACACUUCACAGGACAGGUAGUCAAGGAAGUGUCUAAAAUGUUGAAAAUUAAGUGGAAUCUUCACUGCCCCUAUAGGCCACAAGCAUCAGGACAAGUUGAAUGAGAGAACAGAACUAUCAAAACCAGGCUAAGCAAAAUGCAUCAGGAAGAAGUACCAUUGGUUGAGGCGCUGCCAGCGGUACUGUGUAGUAUGAGAGAGUCAGCCAACAGAUCAGUAGGACUGAGCCCUCAUGAGAUUAUUACAGGACCCCCAAUGCAGAUGCCAGGUGUGAUUGAUCUUAGAAAUGCUGAUGUACACAUUGCCUCAGAUGCCCUGAUCACUUACUGUGAAGACCUCACAAAGGCAGUACAGAGUGCCAAAAAGAGAGCUGAGUCGUGUUGGCAGACUCCACCAGAAGGGGGACGCACAAUCAUCCCAGGUCAGUGGGUCAUGAUAAAGUCAUUCAGAAACAAGCCGUUAGUGCCUAAGUGGCAUAGACCACAUCAAGUAUUCCUAAUUACAGCAGCUGCAGUGUUUUGUCAGGGAAGGAAAAUCUGGACUCAUGGUUCACACUGUAAAGUUGUUCCCCCACCUACAGGGUUAGGACACACGGACCAGUGAGGUGCCCAGGAAAGAACCGAAUGCGACAGGCUUCGGGGGCCAAUCCUGUGGUGAAGAUUCCCUUAUAGGCCUUCCCCCACCCACUAGUCCAUCUUUACCUCAUUGUUCUUUAGGUGUCGCAGUAAUUAAGAAAUAGGGAAAGAAGGAACAACAAUAGCAGACUCAAAUCGAACAGAGGAUACAACACUAGUGUUUGCAGUCUUUUACAACAAAUACUGCUCUGUCGUCGUUUGUUUUCUUUCUUACUCUGUGCGGAUACCACUUGAUGGCUGUCCCGAGACCUAUUAGCACCGACCUCAUCACCUGUGUUUAAAGCCACCACCUCUUAAAGACAACCAGACCCACAACCAAGCCAACUGUCAUGGAAGAAAAAUUAAAUAUACAACGCAGAGAAUGACAUAUGGGAACUUCAGUCAUCCAUCAACAUGAUCAAGAUUGCCGUACUAGUAAUCAUCAUGGACAUCACACAAAGUAUAGACUCCAGAAACAACACAUUCCUAGAGCUGAUGAAUAUGUCAAGAAAUGCCUUGUUUGCUGGAAAGGAUGUUUGCAUGCCACUUCCACCUUCGGUAGGAACAGGAAUCCCAGGGGUAGCACACCCCAUUUCUGAUUGUGAUACCUGCACUCUAUUUAGUGUUGUCACUAAUGGAAUUUUAAACCAAAGCACAUGUCAAGUUAGAAGCUUAUUGACAGAAACUGGCCAAUGAUACGGCUUUGGCCCUGGGUAACAUCACGAACACUCUCGCUUCACACAAGAUAAUGAUCUUACAGAACAGAGUGGCCUUGGAUUACAUUCUUGCAACGCAAGGGGGAGCAUGCACCAUUAUCGGACCUAAGUGCUGCACUGGGUUACUGGAUCCAAAAGAGAACUUGAACAAAAUUCAAUAAGACAUUCUUGAUCUUUCAUCAAAAUUACAACAGAUGACUGACGACAAUUCUACAUGUUUCGGAAACCUGUUAGGUAAACCCUGGCUGUGGAUCAAGGAAACAGCAAUUCUGCUGUUGUUUUUCCUACUGGUGUACUAUCUAUGCGUCCACAGUAUCAAGUGUUUAAUUCAACAACUAACUCAUGCCCAUCACAGGGAAAUUACAGUUCCAACCAGGAAAGAUUAUUACCCAUAAGAACUACAUGGACCCUAGAUGCAUGUUUGUUUCUUUCUCAACAUGUCAUUCUUCAGUACAGACAGUCAACACAGAGCAAGUGCUAUGUGCCUGUAACGAUCACAGGUUACAAGAAGGAACUUUUAAGUGUCUAAAUUUGUAUUUUGUGAGAGUUAUUAGAACUCUCAAAGGGAAAAUUGUGGAAUUACAAAUUUAGUAAAUGUUAAAUCUAGGUUCCAAUGUAAUAGUAUAUAAACUGAAAAUGUAAUGUACAUUGUGUUUUACAUUUUGAGGUAAAAAAGGAUCAAAUCAGGAAGCCCAGGUGUCUGCGAUAAUGACCUUUUGUCUUUGUGCUCUUCCUUGCCAUUUGGCUUUUUAAGCUCAAGGCACAGCUGUGCUUUUGUCUCUAUGAUAAUGUGGAGGUAUGGGCGAUACUGUCAGGCACCUCUGCAUUUGAAUGACACUGUUAUGCUGAUGAGAUCAAAGCUGGGAAAAUUCCAGUGUCGGGCUGAUCCCUGUACUGCAUUUGUAUGCUUUGUUUAGAUUGUCUCCACCUCUAUGUAUCCCCACCCACCUAGAAAUGUAUAUAAACUACAAAUGUAUAAAUGACUAGAUAGACAUUUGAUGACUGCAGUGCCAUGCAGCACGUUCUCAAUAAAGAAUUCUGCUGAUGAUUACCCAAGAGUCUCCUCCUCUAUUUCCCCCCGUGGGUUUGAAAUGUUGCUUAAAUUACAUUUGACUGAAAUGCUUGUUUUGAAACAUUUUGCAUUCUGCCUAUGAUAAAACUGCGCUAGCUGUUAAGUUUUGUGAAGGAGGGCCACUGGCAAGCUU